AUGCCUCCAAAAUUUACACCUCGACAGCGAAAGCACAAAGUGCUUGCGAGAAAUAAGACAAAUGAGUCUGAAAACCUGGUCGACUCUAAUGCGACAGAGAUUCUUCCCUCCUCGAAAUCCGCUCAUGAAGAAAAGAAGCAGAAACUGAGGGAGGAGUUGGCAGGGGAUAAUAAAAUUAGUGGAAAGAAGGCCAAGAGACUAGAGAAAUAUAUUGAGACGAAGCUUAGGAAGGACGAAAAUAGGAUAUUAAUUGAGAAAUUAUCCAAGCGGAAAGAGGAGGGAGGAUUGUACGAGAGCAGUAAGAAAUUGGGCCAGGGCUCAUUAACUAGGAGGGAAAGAUUGGCUCGAGCCCUAAAGGAGCGGGAGAGAGGAAUUGAUAUUGAUGGAGAUGGAGAAGAACUCCUUUUUGAAAAGAGAACCGUUAGAGAGAUGGAAAGUGAGAGCAGUGAAGAAGAAGACGAUCAAACCGAACACAAGAAGGAAGGCGCACUAUUCCAAGGCACUGUGACAACGCUACCUAUCGCUCCGGCCUCAAAGGUACCUGCGCAAACAUUACAAUUUGGCGUGUGCACAGGUUUAAAGAGACCACUUGAGGUAGACGAUGACGGAAAACCGGUGAUACAAAAGAGGCAAAGGCGAGGAGGUGUUAAGUCGAGGAUAUCGUUGAAGCCACAAGCUCCGGCCGCGGAACCAGAAUGGGAAGGAUUUUCUUCGGGAUCAGAGGUUGAUAGUGAUGAAGAGAUGAAAUCUGAUGAGGACUCUGAGGAUUCGAAUGCGCCGGAUGAUACAAGCGACCCAAAACGUGCUGAAUUACUGAAACGUCUUACGGGCAUUUUUGCUGAAGAAAAUGAAGGUGGCGAAUCAGAAGAUAGUAUUGAGGAAGGAUCAUCAGAUGGAGACGGUGAAGACAGCGAUGAAGACAGCGAUGAGGCAAGUGAUGAGGCAAGCGACCCAGAACAUGCCCAGUUACUAAAGAAUAUUAUGGCCAUUUUUGGAGAAAGCAAGGAGGGAGCUCUUCAAUCGAAGCUUGGAAAUGACAUGGAAGAUGACAAUGAAAGAGGAUCAUCGGAUGAAGACAGUGAUGAAGACGAUAGCGACGGGAGCAGUGAGGAAGACGAAGAUGAGGACAAUACCUCGAGGAAACAGGAACGCUCAUCUGCAUUUAAAGCCUGGGCAACUCAGCAAGUAAAUGAAGCUUAUGGUUAUGAACCAUCAUCAAAUAUUCCAAAUGCGACAGAAACACCAAAAAUAGAAGGAUUCGAACCUCGACCUUUGGAACAAGAUCCUUUACCACUGGAACUACAACCUACUACCAAUUUAUCACGGAAGGCAUUUAGUGUUUCUGUGGAAAGACCAUCAAGUAUACAAGACGUCAGACUUAAACUGCCAGUUGUAGCUGAGGAACAGAAGAUUAUGGAAGCAAUUCAUAAUAAUAAUCUAGUGGUUGUGUAUGGUGCUACUGGUUCCGGAAAAACUACUCAGGUACCUCAGUUCUUAUAUGAAGCUGGUUAUGGUACUAAAGACUCUCCCAAUCCUGGAAUGAUCGGAGUCACACAACCUCGAAGAGUUGCGGCCGUUAGUAUGGCAAAACGAGUAGGUGAUGAGCUUGCUGAUCAUGGUAAGCGAGUUGCCUACCAAAUUCGAUUCGAGGGAACAGUAAGUUCAGACACUGCUAUAAAGUUCAUGACGGAUGGUGUACUAUUGAGAGAAGUAGCACAAGAUAUUGCUCUGCGAAAGUACUCCGCCAUUGUUAUCGAUGAAGCUCACGAGAGGAGCGUGAAUACCGAUAUCUUAAUCGGUAUGCUUAGUAGAGUGGUAAAGUUAAGAGAGGAAAUGGCUUUAGAAGACUCAUCUAUCAAACCAUUGAAACUCAUCAUUAUGUCUGCUACUCUACGAAUUACAGAUUUCACAGAGAACAAGACAUUGUUUGCUAAUCCUCCACCGGUACUUCAAGCCGAGGGUAGACAAUAUCCAGUCACUACUCAUUUUGCCCGAAGGACACAUCAUGAUUAUGUCGAAGAAGCAUUCCGAAAGAUUAGUAAGGGUCAUCGAAAACUUCCACCAGGGGGAAUCCUGGUAUUUUUAACCGGUCAAAAUGAAAUCACACAUCUCAGUAAGAAAUUAAAAGAAGCAUUCAAGAUAGGUUCUACUACAGCAGGACCACAAGUCCGCAUAUCCGGAAAAGAUGCACCAGUCGAAGCCGAAGAUAUCGAUUUUGGUGAAACUAUGGACACUACUAAUGACGAUUAUGUCGAUGACGAUGACGAAGUUACAUUUAAUGACGAGGAAGAUUUUGAUAUCGGAGAAGAAGCGGACACAGGGCCUUCAAAGAUGCAUAUAUUGCCACUAUAUUCCCUACUACCUACAAAAGAACAAUUGAGGGUUUUCGAACCACCUCCUGACGGUUCACGAUUGAUUGUUUUGGCCACUAACGUUGCUGAAACAUCUCUCACAAUUCCUGGUAUUCGUUAUGUUUUCGACUGUGGAAGAUCAAAGGAACGUAAAUACGACAAGACCACUGGCGUACAAAGUUUUGAGGUCGGAUGGAUCAGUAAAGCUAGUGCAAGUCAACGUGCAGGUCGUGCUGGACGUACUGGUCCAGGACAUUGUUAUCGAUUCUAUUCAUCAGCUGUUUAUGAAAGAGAUUUCGAGGAGUUUGCGGAGCCAGAAAUAUUACGCAUGCCCAUUGAAGGUGUGGUGCUGCAACUCAAAUCGAUGAAUUUGCAACACGUUGUUAAUUUCCCGUUCCCAACUCCCCCGGAUCGACAAAGUCUUGCGAGCUCCGAGAAACUCCUCACUUAUCUCUCUGCAAUUUCGCCAUCGGGUCAAAUAACCCCAACAGGUUCCACCAUGUCUAUAUUCCCACUUUCACCACGGUUUUCUCGUAUCCUUCUGGUUGGACAUCUACACGAUUGUCUUCCCUACACAAUCGCACUUGUAGCUGGUCUCUCUGCUGCCGAUAUUUUCAUUCCAGAAAACCAAGUCAUUCCAGCCGCCGCUCCCCGCGAGGACGAAGACUUGUACCUUACUACUGCCGAGAAGAUCGAACAAGACGCACGUGCAAAUCUCCGUCGUCAAUUCAACAAAGUUCAUCAAUCAUUUUGUUUCCUUGACGAUAGGUCUGAUGCCAUCAAACUCCUUCAGGCGGUUGGUGAAUUCGCACACGAACCCACAGAGGCAUGGUGUACGUCUCACUAUGUCCGCUAUAAAACUCUCAAGGAAAUUUCGCAAUUGCGUCGUCAAAUCACAGAUCUAUUGCGCACUAAUAUUCCGGCAUUCGCGGCAUUGAAAUAUGAAGAGAAAUUGGCUCCACCUUCUGCUAAACAGGUCAAAGCGCUUAAACAAAUGGUCGCGGCAGGAUUCAUCGAUCAUGUAGCCAUCCGAGCAGAUUUAUCCCCAACACAAAUUGAAGCCUACAGAAAACCUAAGCGAGCAAUCGACGUCCCUUAUAUCACACUCUUCCCUUCCCAUCUUCGUACUCCCAACAAACACAAUGACGAAGACCAAGAACAAGACAAGGCAGUCUAUAUCCACCCUGCCUCCCCCUUAUCUCAUCUCUCCCCAAAUGAAUGUCCUGAAUACAUCAUCUACUCGUAUUUGCAGAAACCCGCCGAGGACGUCAAUGCAGAUGGAUCGAGGAAGAGACAGAAAACUAGAAUGCAUAGUUUGACGGAUGUUACUGGAGGGCAGUUGGCGAGUUUGGCAAAGGGAACGAGUCUUUUGGAGUAUGGGAAGCCGAUUAAGGAGGUGAUGGUUAAGGAGAAGAACGCUGGCAAAAAUGCAGAAGCAGAAGGUGAAAUGAGAGAGUGCUGGGUGGUGCCUUAUUUAAGGGCGGAGGGUUCCGGUGGUUUAGGAUGGCCAUUGCCGGCUAGGAAGGUGGUUCAGAAGAAGGUUAGAGGGAAGGGAUGGGUUGUUGAGUAG